AUGGGAGUUAAGAUCAGAACACGACGGGGUACUAACAACGGAAGGGCUGGUGACAGAAUUGCACCUUGGGAAAAACGGCUCCAAAGAAAGAUUGUAUCGUUGCGAAGGGAUAUUAGUCAAAUAGCGGAAUAUAUUCGAGGAACAACGAGAAGAAAAUUAAUUAGAAGAGCUGAAGAAAUAAUGCGAAAUACUCCGAGACACUCACAGCAUGAUCCAGAAAAAAACACAGCUGAACAUUGCCUGGACACAUUUAAACAAAAACUCUCCGUUUAUUCAGGCCGUCUAAGGAAAUACAAAGUCAGUAACAACCGCAAAUGCGACAACAUACUCUUUGGGCAUUCAGAGAAGGCAUUUUAUAGGAAACUUAACUCUACUGUAGAAAAUGAAAAUAAAGUAUACCCAAGUCAAGAAGAAAUUCAUGAGUUUUGGGGAAACCAACUUUCAACGCCAGCUACUCAUAACAACAAUGCUGGGUGGAUUGAAGACACGACGAACAACUGUCAACAUUACAAUAAUAUUCCUUACGAACAUUUCACCACUGAGGAAGUCUCGAAUACUAUCAAAGAGCUUCACAACUGGAAAUCUCCUGGCCCGGACGGAGUCCAAAACUUCUGGCUAAAGAAGUUUUGGAGUGUUCAUGAGCGAUUGACAAUUUUAAGGGGAUACAGUAGCGAUCAACAGGCAUUAAAUACGUACGCCUUUUCCGCGCUUAGCUACUCAUUUGGUAUUAUCAAAUGGUCAAAAACCGAUGUAGAAAGUCUUCAGCGGAAAGUAAGAACACUUCUCACAAAGGCACACAACCAUCAUCCACGCAGUGGGGUAGAGAGAACAACAUUACCGCGGUAUCUAGGAGGAAGAGGACUCAUGGACAUAGGCACAGGCUGA